AUGACGAUCACGGAAGGCCUGGUGCCACUACUGCUACUGCUCGUCUCCCCUCUGGUUGACGCCGAGUUCCCAGGAACAAUUUUCCCCAGUGGAGCGGGCGGACAGUUCGGCGCCCGUCUCAUACCGCGCAGCUUCAGCAUGCAUAACUCCUACCCAGCUGUGCCCUACGGGGCUCGGUUUGGCCGGCUGGUAGGAACAUACGGAGCAGGUGGAGCCUAUAAUGUCAACGGAGGCUUUAACAUCAACGGAGGUUACAACAGCAACGGAGGUUACAACGUCGGAGGAGGAUAUAACAACAUCGGCGGCGGCUACAGCGCCGGCAGCGGCUUCGGCAACUACCUGGGGUCGGGCGGAACAGUGGCCAGCAGCGAAUACUCGGUUAACACAGCCAACAGCGCUCUACGGGCCAAAAACGUGCACGCCUCGGCGCCGACCGGCAACUACGAGAACAACCACCUGAGUGACGACUACGGGUCCGACGACUCGAACUUCCAGUACCGGUAUAUGGUAUCUGACCCGCUGACCGGUGACGCCAAGUCGCAGCACGAGACUCGCCGCGGCGACGCGGUCACGGGCGAGUAUCGGGUGCUCGAGGCCAACGGUCUGAUGCGCGUCGUCUCGUACACGGCCGACGACGCGCACGGGUUCGUGGCGCACGUGCGCUGGGAGCCGGCUGAGCGGCCGCACGGCCCGGCCGUGUCGCACCAGGAGGUGUCGCAGCAGCACUCCCACUGAAGGACGGCAGGGCCGGGUCUCGGACAGCGGACAGCGGCGGCGGCCGGGCUCAUCCCACCCCAGGGAAUCGCAGACUCGGUGCGAAUAAAACUAAUAGUUGAUAGUUUGCAAUCAGCAAGUAUCUGUU